AUGUCAUCCACAAUACAAAAUAUUUUACAAGAAUCACAAUCAGAAAACUCGCAGUGGAUAACCGAUUUACCAGAUCCAGAGUUGAAGGAGACAACUGGCUCACCAGACUUCCAUUCUGCAAAAACAUCAAUUGCAAGUACACCUACUACUGAUUAUUUUCCAGACAGUGAUGAAGAAAUGUAUGACGAUGAACCAAGUGAUCUUCCAGCAAUUCCAAUAAAUUAUAAUAGAGGUCGACGAACAUCGGUUAGUGCUGAAUCGAUGGCUCCUAGUGAAGACAAAGAUUAUGUCAAGAUUGUCGUUCCAAAAGCAGAACAACAAAGACAAAGAAUAGAGGCAUCAAUUGCUAAUAAUUUUUUAUUUAAAAAUCUUGAUGAAGAACAAUAUAAAGAUGUCAUUGAUGCCAUGGCGGAAAAAAGAGUUUAUAGAGGCGAAGAAAUUAUUAAACAAGGUGGAAUUGGAGAUUUUUUCUAUGUUGUGGAGAUUGGUAGUUUCGAUGUUUAUGUUUCAAAAUGUGGUGCACCGCCAGAGCAAGUAACUCAAUAUGGUCCAGGUGGUAGUUUUGGUGAAUUGGCAUUAAUGUAUAACGCACCACGAGCUGCCACAGUUAUUGCUACUUCAGAUUCGGUUCUUUGGGCACUUGAUAGAGUGACAUUUCGUAGAAUUUUAAUGGAAAACACUUCUCGUAAACGACGAAUGUAUGAAUCAUUCCUUGAGGAAGUUCCACUUCUUAUGUCACUGGAAUCUUACGAAAGACAUAAAAUUGCUGAUGCAUUAGAAUCUUUAUAUUAUGAAGACGGCGAACUAGUUAUUGAACAGGGAGAUAUUGGUAAUAAUUUCUAUCUUAUAGAAUUUGGCGAUGCUAGAGUAACAAAAUUUGAUGAUGAUGGUAUUGAACAUGAAUUGCCAGGAUUGAAAAAAGGGGAUUAUUUUGGGGAACUUGCUUUGCUUAAUAACAAACCAAGAGCAGUUAAUAUUCGCGCAAAAGGUAGAUUAAAGGUUGCCACGUUGGGUAAAAAGGCCUUUGUUCGUUUAUUAGGACCUGUCGUGGACAUCUUGAAAAGAAAUGGUGACAAUUAUGAAACCAUCACACAACACUCUCCUGAAUUAGAAAUAGAUCAAUUGAGAACUGAACGAGCCAAGAAACGUUAUGUCUCGGAGUUUUUAUCGUCAGAAUUAACUGCAUUGUCCUUACAGAAUGAUGAAGAUUGUAAAGUUGAUAUUAUGGAUAUUGAAAUAGAUCCAAUUGAUCCCAAAAAUGUUUCUUCAUCACCACCAAGAAGAAAACAUGUUGUAAUGGUUACAGACUUAGAUGCUGAAGCUACAGAUUCAGACCAUGACGAAGACAAUGAUGAUGAUGGAAUGAAUAAAGAUUUGAUCAAGUUACCACUUGAAAUAAAACGAUCAAUAAAAAAGAUACCUAAAGAAUUAUUAAUUCCUAUAUCUGAUAAUCCAAUUAGAACAUUAGUCUUGUAUCAGCCAUCGCCUUGGUUACCUCUUGAAUCAAAUGAAUCAAAUGAAUCAAAUGAAUCAAGUGAUCAAAUGAAUGUUGAAAUUGUAGAAAAUAUCAAAGAGGUUAACAUAAUCAAAGACGAUCAUGAUGUUAAUAAUAAAAAAGAGGAAAUGGAAUUGUGA